AUGGCUUGCGUUCAACCCUACCGCAAUUUCGAUGCCAAUUCUGAUGCCCAGCUCCUUCACGAGGCUAUGAAAGGAAUGGGCUGUGACAAAGAUGUGAUUACCGACAUUCUUGCUCAUCGCACGGUAAAACAGCGCAAGGAAAUAGAAGUCGCUUACAAGGCUCAAUUUGGAAGAGAUCUUAAGGAGCACCUGAAGAAAGAACUUCGUGGUGAUUAUGAGCAUGCUGUACUGUGGUCCUUCCUCACUCCGGCUGAAAUAAAUGCGACAGCUCUCCAAAAAGCCAUGAAGGGUGCCGGAACGGAUGAAAAUAUGCUCAUCAAUAUUAUCUGUACUGCCAAUAACCGUGAAAUGGAGGAGAUUAAGAUAGCUUUCCAAGAAAUGUUUGGAAAAAGUCUUGAGGACGAGGUAAGGAGUGAGACGAGCGGGGACUUCCGACGAGUUCUAAUUGCUAUAUUGCAGAGUUCCCGUUCAGUUGACUCUGACAAAUCUCUGGCAAGAGUCAAUGCCCAAGAACUCUUUGAAGCCGGCGAAGACAAAAUUGGAACCGACGAAAGUACAUUUGUUCGCAUGAUUUGUUCAAGUAGCUUUAAACAAAUUCGCUAUAUCAACGAAUACUAUCAAGAGAUAACUGGACAUGAUCUAAUUACUGCUAUUGCUAAGGAAACUUCUGGAGAUUUUAAAAAGGCUUUGACUCGUGUCGUUCAAGUUGCAAUAAAUUUUGCCGGAACUAUUGCGGAGCUGCUCUAUUCAAGCAUGAAAGGAUUGGGAACCGAUGACACAAAUCUUAUUCGAAUUAUUCUAAGCUAUGCUGAGACCGAUCUUGGCAAAAUUAAGGCCUGGUUCGACGCGAACUACGAAAAAUCUCUAGUUGAAAUGAUUAGUGGUGAUACUUCAGGAGAUUAUCGAAAAUUCCUUCUCGCUAUUGUUGAAUAA